AUGUGUCUCUUGGAAGACAGAGCAGGGAAGUCCUCUUGCAGCAGAGUGUCCUCUGCAGGAGUCCCCAGUAACGAGAACCACCUGCUCGUCAUCGUCAUCAUCUCGGUCGGAGCCUUCACCAUCAUCGUAGUCAUCGUCGGAGCCUUCCUCUGUACCAGACGCACCAACUCACACCAGAAGAAACCUGUGGAUCCAUCACGAGAGGCUGAAGCCCAUGGACCAGUCCCCAUCCCCCGCUCGUCCCAGGACAUCACCCCCGCGGACAGCGUGAUCGAGGCCAGCCACCUGCAGCAGCGACGCAACUCCUACAGAGGGCUCGAGUCUGAGGACGGCAUGUCGACUCUGGGAGGCCGCCGCGGGAUGAGGCCUAAAAUGAUGAUGCCGUUUGAUGCCCAGCCGCCUCAGCCGGUCAUCUCAGCUCACCCCAUCCACUCCCUGGACUCGCUCCAGCCUCAGCACUACCACAGCCUGGCCUCGCCCACGCGCACCUACCUGUACCACCCCCAGGCCAGUGGAGGGCGCUACCACCCCUGUGCCUCCCCCAUCGCUCACCUGUCCCGGGGCGAGUCUAUAGGUGAGGCCUUCCAUCUCACUCACUGUGGCUCCUGCUCCGCUCUGACCCGCUGUGGAGAGUGUGUGACCUGA